GAAGUUGCUAUCACAUGGAGUUACUGAUAAACAAAUGGUUAGGUUAGGGUUUAGAGAUGGAAGAAUAACUUUAUAUCAUUUUCAGGUCUCAGGGAACCCCUGCUAAAACAUUGGUGGUCAGUGAGAAUAAUGACCUUUACAUUGGUGGUCAUUGAGAAAAAUGAUCCUUACAUUAGUGGUCAGUGAGAAGAAUCAUCCUUACAUUGGUGAUCAGUGGGAAGAAUGUCUCUUAUGUUGGUGGUCAGUGGGAAGAAUGUCUCCUAUGUUGGUGGUCAAUUGAAAGAAUGUUUCUUAUGUUGGUGGUCAGUGGGAGGAAUGUCUCCUAUGUUGGUGCUCAGUGGAAAUAAUGUUUCUUAUGUUGGUGGUCAUUGGGAAGAAUGUCUCCUAUGUUGGUGGUUAGUGGGAAGAAUGUCUCCUAUGUUGGUG